AUGGCAACAGCAGAGGAAUCCAUUGAAUUGAAGAAAUUGGUGGAAUCCAUUGUUAACCUCACCAACGCUAUUAUAGUCUUAACUCAGAGGUGUGACUCUGUGUUUACACGUCAUGACCAAGAAAUUGGUGAGCUCAAGGAGUUGAUUAACGGAUUCAAGAAGUUAGUGGAUGAACAUGCUGAUUCUGUUGUUAAUGAUGGUUCUGAGGUUGAGCUUGAUGGCAUGGAAAGUAAUUCAACUCCAAAUUUAGGUAUGGAAGAGAAUGGUGAAUGCGAUUUUCUGUUGAAGGAUCAUGCUAUGGCCAUGAUUCAAUGCAAGAUUAAACAUACACAGUAUGAGGGAGGUGUUGUUGCCGUGCUAAGAACCUCAGGGAGUAAAGGAUCGGUGCAAGUAAAUCGAGCACUUAUCAAAAGGGGUGCUAUCUGUGUGCUUAAAUCAAGAGAUGAGGUGGCCUUUGAUGGGUUGGGGAACCAUGCAUUUAUUUUUCACUUGACUAAGGUUGCAGUUAAGAGUGCUGAGGUUCAUAGUAUUUUGCAAAAAAAUUUGCAACUCGAAAGGUUUGACUUGGUUUAUGUUACCUUUGAUCCGGGAGGUUGUGACAACCUUGAGGACAAG